AUGGGUAAUAUUUCAAGCCAAAAUCCCAUCUUUGUCUCGGACAGAGAUGACGAGCCAAAGCCGCCUACUACUCCAUCAUACCACCCCUCAGGUUCGCUAUCUCCAUCCACACAAAGUAGAUCUAGAAGACCACAUCGAGAAGAGCUAACGCCUGAAAUGGUCGUGUUACAAAAAAUAGAGUCUAGUAAGAUACUGUCUGCUAAAUUACAAAAUUUGAACGACAGAGACAGAUUGGUCCGUCAAUUGUCGAAUGAAACUGAACUCAAGAACAAUUUUCUUAACCUAGACUUUGUUUUGCAGUAUCUAGAAAAAGAAAACCUUAGAAAACAACAAGAUGAUUUUUCAAACAUUGCAGCCAUUCGGCAACGAUAUGCCAGACGUCAACCUAAUUCUUUAGGUAUUCCUGGAAUUGUUGUGACGUCUGUUCCCAGAGAUUCAGAAGCAUCUGAGUCGACCGGAGAUGCUGUUGACCACAUUGAAGAUGACGACUCUGAAAUUCCUCCAAACAUUCCUGAAAGAACUGAGAAUCCAUCGCUUGCUACCAGAGCCACAAAUUUAUAUAGGGCAAUGAGAAGAUCUAUUGGUAGAUCUAUUGGUUCAGAAGCAUCCUCCAGUCAUGAUAUUCUCCCAAACAUUUAUGGGCCAUCAAUUUUAGAUCCUGUUUUUUCAACGCUUAAUCAUUCUUGUGAUGACGGGUACAAUGAAGAAAUUCCAGAAGAAGAGAUUCAAGAACAUAACUUGUUAGAUGAAAUUACGUUUAAGGUUAAGCUCAUCCUUGUUGAUACUCUCAAGACUGACGCAUCAAAGAAUGUAAGACAAAUUAUUUCUCCCAUUUUAGCCAAGAUGGAUAAACUACCUAAUCAUGGAAUCUUCCACUCUUCGAUAUCAAUUGGACCAUGGAUAUUAGAAUUCACGGAUUGUGGUUUGUGUAUACCAAGAAAAAUUACUUCCAAAAUGGCUCUCCUUUCAAUAGACAUUGGAGAAGUGAAAGGUUGGACAGCCAUAACAGAAGCUGUAAAUAGAAUUGCCCAAGUGGUGUGUAGAUGGAAUACUCAAGUCUCCUAUUCAAGAAACAACGUGAGAAAGGAGUCCAUCAUUUUCUCAAGCCCUUCUUCUCAACUAGCUGUUGAAGGUCAACGAAGAAUUUCAGACGCCUUUUACGGCUCCUCACUUCCAUCGACGCCAGAGCACAGCACUCCAAGUAGUUUAAGUCCACCUCUAGGAGGAAGUGUUACGCUCACAGGUGUAGCCCAAAAUUUUGUAGGAUCCGCCUCAUCGAACUCGUCUGCACUAAGCGCAAGACAUAGUGAUCGUUCUUCAUGCUCCUACCAGCCAAACAAGCAGGAACAAAAAACUGUUGGAAACUGUCAAGAUUUUGUUGACGAAGUCCUUGAAGCAUUAGAGAUCACACCUGUGUUUUCAGAGUCCAUGCAUCAAUUUUUACUCAACCUUCGAAAUAGAGGUGACAGCAAUCUUACGAUCAAGUUGGACGACCAAUUUUUGGACAAGUUUGGUCUUAAAAACAACUCCUUUAAUAAUAUUAAGGAAAUGCUAGGCUCCAACAAAAAGACAGAGAAAACAAGUUCUUAUCAUGGAACCCCACCAAUCACCAACGACAACUCGCGGAAGAGAAGCAAGAGUGACACUCCCAAGUUUUCAAACCCAGAUCCUCUCUCUACCAUUGAAAUUCAAAACCACUGUAUAUCAUUUCACACCCACGAACAGUUAGACCUAUUUGUAAACUUACUGUUGCAGAAAGAUCCUCAAUUCCCUCGUACCAAUCCUCAAACAUAUGACCUACUGAAAGCAUUCGAUCGUGCAUUUUGGAUCAAAUACAAAUCUGCCAUUCUCUCCAAACCAAACAAUCUUGCUAACAACAAGGUUUUACAACAAGAAACACAAUUAGAAAUGUUAACCACAGCUCCUCUAAACAUGCAAUCCAAAGCUGUUGAACUCGCCAACAAUAUCAUGAUAUGGAAUGGCUACGGUGAGCAACAACGAAGAAAACCAAAUCAUCAAUGCAUGGGCUGUCCCUUUGGUGAUCCAUUUUGUACGAUGUCAUUCAUUCACAUUGAGUAA